CCUGCUACUUUAUUACCCCGCUCCGAAGACAGCUAUGCGAGGAGGGCAGGCGCAUGGGCUAAGCACUGGGCGAAACUCUCCCAACUCACUCUCUCUGAACGCGAACAUCGACUCGAGGACUGUGGAAGUUGUCAGGCUAUCCGCUCUCUGCCGCUACCGGACGCCCCCGUGCGAGACUUCAACUCUGCCUGUCACACGGCUCCCGCCGGCGGGGACUGGAGUUUACAGGAGGCUGGGGCUUUAUUAAAGGAAAGCAUACUUGAAGGGGAACAAUAAAUAUCUGGAUAUCCUCAGGCUCUGACGGUGUUGCUACUGAGAAACUUUCUCUUCUUGAGUGUGACUGGCGUUCGUUCGUAAGCAGGCUGGAGUAGGCUACUAAAAGUGGAGUCAUCAUACCGUAGUUCAUAUUUUCUUUUGUUUCACGCGCUCUGUCCGGAGCAGCGUCUGUCAUCUCCCGGACUGGAUUACUUCGCAUGUGUUUAUUUUGCGGGAAAUUGAGACGCUGCGUAAUCGUUUGGAGACGGAGCAACUAAUCGCGAAAUAAUUUGUAUUGUACACCUGUUUCUUAUUGCUCUGCUAGCUAUGUCAUCGGAGCAAACAACUGUCUCCACCGCCGUGAACAGAGGAGCUAAGAACCGAGACCGAGGAGCGAACCGAGCGGGUUCUUUUGGAACGGACCGAAAAACUUUUCUGUGGAACUUGUUGUGAAAUUAGUCAACGACAAAAAGGAACUCCCGUGCCAAGUGUAAUUUAACGGAGGUGGAAUUUGUCUUAUUUUCUCGGGAGGAAACUCAUACUUGUAUAAUCGGUCGUUCAUAAAGUUGUUCUCUCAACGAAGAGACUUCGUUCUAGAACUGGAACUCUGGAGAAAGUUUUGGAACUGGAACGUUUUGGAACGCCGAACGCUCAGGGGGAAACGGUCGCGCAACUAAACGAUACAAGGAUCAGACAUUAGGGAGAGGCAGCGUCACCUUUCCUCCUCCCUCCUCCACUCCCUACUUCUGCUCCUGCUAGCCUAACCCAGGCCUGUACAAGGGGCACUUCUUCCCCGUUUUGGUGUUUGUUGGCGGUGAUGGUGGCGCAAGGGGUCAUGGAGACCAGGACCAGCCGGAGACCGCGCAGCAGCGCCCAGCAACACUUACUGCUGGCGGUCGCUCUCAUCGCAUGCAGCUCGCAACUACUGGUGGACGCCAACUCCUGGUUGUCGUUAGCGAUGAACCCUAUCCAGAGACCGGAGAUGUACAUCAUCGGGGCCCAGCCUCUGUGCAGCCAGCUGACGGGACUCUCCCAGGGGCAGAGGAAGCUGUGCCAGCUCUACCAGGACCAUAUGGUCUACAUUGGCGAGGGAGCCAAGACGGGCAUCAAUGAAUGUCAAUACCAGUUCAGACAGCGGCGGUGGAACUGUAGCACCGUGGAUAAUGCAUCCGUGUUCGGACGCGUCAUGCAGAUAGGCAGUAGGGAGACAGCCUUCACCUAUGCCAUCAGUGCAGCAGGCGUGGUGAACGCGGUGAGCAGGGCGUGUCGGGAAGGAGAACUCUCCACCUGCGGAUGCAGCCGCGCCGCUCGACCCCGUGACCUACCGCGCGAUUGGCUGUGGGGUGGCUGUGGCGACAACGUCAACUAUGGCUACCGUUUCGCCCGGGAGUUUGUGGACGCGCGGGAGAGAGAAAAGAACUACCCUCGAGGCUCCAUAGAACACACUAGAACAUUGAUGAACCUACAGAACAACGAAGCAGGGAGACAGUCGGUGUAUAACCUGGCCAACGUGGCGUGUAAGUGUCAUGGCGUGUCCGGCUCCUGUAGCCUGAAGACCUGCUGGCUCCAGCUGGCAGACUUCCGUCGCGUCGGAGAGUUCCUGAAGGAGAAGUACGACAGCGCCGCCGCCAUGCGCAUCGGACGCAAAGGGAAACUGGAGCAGGUAGAUAAACGCUUCAACGUCCCGACCCCCGAGGAUCUGGUCUACACCGACCAGAGCCCAGACUACUGUCUGAAGAACGACACCACCGGCUCCAUGGGAACCCUGGGGAGACUCUGUAACAAGACGUCAGAGGGGAUGGAUGGCUGUGAACUCAUGUGUUGUGGGAGAGGAUACGACCAGUUCAAGACCUAUAAGCAUGAGAGAUGUCACUGCAAGUUCCACUGGUGUUGUUAUGUCAAGUGUAAGAGGUGCACUUCACUGGUGGAUCAGUUUGUCUGCAAGUAGCGAAGGAAGGGAGGGGGUCUGGACGAUGGGGAAGGGAGGGGGUCUGGACGAUGGGGAAGGGAGGGAGUCUGG